GAUCUGUGUGGGUUGCUAUAGAGACGGAGAGGAAUAAGAAGGAAGCAAGGGAGGCAGGAGAAGGAUGGCGGACUGCAUGUGCAAAAACCCCAAAAGGAGAGAUACAGACAUCGGCAUUUACCUAUAAACUGUACAACUGACUGGUCUCACCUGUACAACUGGUGUGUAUAUAUAGCCUAGAAGUUUAAUUAGUAUAAAUAUUAAAACUGUGGACCUUAAUGUGUGGAAAAUUUGAGAUCAAAUUUGACAUGUAGGUUACUAAUUUGUAUAUAGAGAUUAUGUUAACAAACAAUGUUUAUAGAAGUAAAAUUUAUUUAAAAUAAAAUAUACUCAUUUGUCUUUCUCAGUGUCAUGCUUAGAAAUAUAUUCUGUCAUAGUUUUCUAUCUGGUCUAUUUGACAGUGAAAAGUUUAUAUUUUUCGUCCCUGUUUGAUUCCCUCUUCCUAUCUGCCCGCGUCAAACCACACCCUCACCAGCGCUUUCACAUUCUAUACACCGGCAAUUGCACUUCGCAUAAGGCCACUAACAGACUUCGGCUAUAUUUACUGCAGAAGAACAGUUAACGGAGUGUUUAGUAGUUUCACUGAGAAGGACACAUUCACACUUACCAACACUGGCCUGCAUACAGUCCGAAGAAUUAUGAGAGAGGCGAAGAAAGACGAGGGCGGAGGGAAGCGUGUGGCGACAGGGACGGAUAAAGAUCAGAGCUGGAUUCCUAAAAUCAUCAAGAAGAGAGUGUGUACAACCUUUGUAGAAGAUUCAUUUAGCAAUGGGGCCCUCUGCCAGUGUGGAGCCUCACGGGAGACACACACUGCAGUGGCCGUGGGGGAUUACUUUAGCACAGCCAUUGUGAGCCGGUGGGAAAGCAGCCAGCACUCCUCAGAGCAGCCGACGGACGCCUUUGGCCAGCUGGACUUCCUCGGAGCCGGGAGGCGGCAGGGCCGUUUCCUGCGCUUGUCCUGUGACACGCCCCCAGGCAUCGUGUACACCCUGAUGACCGCCCACUGGGGUUUGCCAGUGCCCAAUCUGGUCUUGUCCUUGGUGGGCGGAGAGGGCAGGGUGAAGGUGAAGAGCUGGAUCCGAGAGGUGCUCAGGCGGGGGCUGGUGAGGGUUGCACAGAGCACAGGGGCAUGGAUUAUCACGGGGGGAUUACGAGAGGGGCUGACAAGGUGCAUUGGGGAGGCAGUGAGGGACCACAGAGCGGCUGCCGCCUCUCUCUCUCAUUCCAAGGUCAUUGCUCUGGGCAUAGCACCCUGGGGCCUCGUGCUGAACCGGCAGCAGCUGGUGAACCCGAAGGGCAGCUUCCCGGCCAGGUACUACGUGCAGAACACGUCACACGACUCUCACAGCCUGGACCACAACUAUGAGGCCUUCCUCCUAGUGGACGACGGAAGUGUGGGCCGCAGGGGGGGUGAAACUGGCUUCAGGGUCUCUUUGGAGGACCACAUCUCUCAUCAGAGGACUGGCAUUUUGGGGAGUGGAAGCAUUGAGAUCCCAGUCCUGUGUAUGCUGGUUGGAGGGGAUUCAGCCUUGCUGGAGCGAGUAGACCUGUCCCUCCGGAAAUCUGGGCCCUGGUUGGUCCUUGCGGGAUCGGGCGGCGUGGCCGAUCUUAUCUGCGAGAUGCUUGGGAAACUGGCCUCGGCAGCCAGUGAAAUGCAGGCAGCGCCAGCCAGCCCCGAGCUGAGGGAUCAGGUUGGAGAUCUAGUGAAGAAGCACUUUCCUUCAGACGAAGAGAGCAACAUGGAGAAGCUGACUGAAAGGGCUCUCAGUAUAUAUCUGAACAGGGAGCUGAUCACUGUGUACCAUGGGGAGCAGGACGGACCGGACGACUUUGAUACAGUGCUGCUCAGAGUCCUUGUCAGAGCUCGCAAGAACAGAGGCUCCCACGGUGCCAGCCCACAUACGGAGGAGCUGAAGCUGGCUGUGGCCUGGAACAGAGUGGACAUUGCCAAGAGUGAGCUCUUCAACGGGGAUAUACAGUGGAAGUAUGAAGACCUGGAAGAUUCCUUUACAGAUGCCCUGGUGAAUGAUAAGCCGCAGUUUGUACGGCUCUUCAUGGAGAACGGCCUGAACAUCCUGGAGUACCUGACGUACGGCCGCUUGGAGGCCCUGUACCAUUCCGUGCCGGACAGCUCAGUGCUUUAUGUGCAGCUGCAGCGCCGUCUGAGUGAGCGUCAGUCUGCUGGUGGCUUUGUGCCCUACUCCAGCAAGCCCUCCGCCCAGGGUAUGGAGAACCCCCAGUGUGGACCUCGCUCCAUCAAAGAUCUCAGUUUGUACGAGGUGUCUCGGGUCUUAUGGGACAUAUUAGGGGACGUGUGUCAGCCAUUUUACUAUCAGCCUUUGGAACUCGGGCAAAACACCAGCUCAAGAAGGGCUGUCAAGAGCGUUAGCAGACUGUUGCAGGGCACAUGUGCCUACCGGGAACAGCGCUGCCAGUCUCCCUGGCUUGCUCUCUUCAUGUGGGCUGUCCUGCAGAACCGCGGAGAAAUGGCUUCCUUUUUCUGGGAGAUGGCAGAAGAGUCAGUGCUCACUGCCCUGAGUGGGUGUAAGAUCCUGAGGGAGCUCUCCAAGCUGGAGGACGAGACAGAGGCUCAGCUCUCCAUGAAAGAGCUGGCACAGAGGUUUGAGAACCUGGCACAUGACAUCUUCAGAAAGUGCUACGAGAGCAGUGAGAGUCGCUCAUUCACGCUACUCAUUGCCAAGUCGGCAGCGUGGGGUGGGGCUACCUGCCUGCAGAUGGCGAUGGCGGCUGACGCCCGCCACUUCUUCAGCCAUGAUGGCGUGCAGGCCCUGCUGUCUCAGAUCUGGUGGGGUGAUAUGGAGAGAAGCACUGACAUGUGGAGACUCAUCCUCACCUUCUUCAUCCCACCUCUGAUCUACACUAACCUCAUCUCCUUCAAGAGAGAUCAAGAGGAGGACUGCAAAGAUAAAAACAUACCCCAUAUAUGGGAGACUGAUGGCUUAGAAGGAGAGACCAUCUUCUCUUUCGCUGACAUCAAGCCCACUGAAGAAGAAGCUGAAGAAUACAGGGCUCUCAGAUCUAAAAGGCCCUCAGCAAGGACUUAUAAGCACCCCUAUGUGGUGUUCAGAUGGCGACAGUUUUGGUUCGCCCCGAUCACGACUUUCCUCGGCAAUGUGCUCAUGUACUUCCUUUUCCUCUUCCUCUUUGCCUAUGUGUUACUGAUUGACUUCAAGCCUCCCCCUUCCCAAGGCCCCACCACAACGGAGUUAGUGCUGUACUUCUGGGUCUUUACUCUAGUUUGUGAAGAAAUCCGACAGAGCUUCUUUAUUGCCAGUACCUCUGUGUCGCAGAGGAUAAGGCUCUACAUUCAGGAUGUGUGGAACAAGUGUGACCUCACAGCCAUCUCUCUCUUCAUCAUUGCGCUGAUCUGCAGGAUGUUUGAGACGUCCUACGAAUGUGGUCGGGCGGUUCUGUCCCUCGAUUUCUUGGUCUUCACGCUGAGGCUCAUCCAUAUCUUUGAAAUCCAUAAGCAGAUGGGACCCAAGAUUAUUAUUGUGGGCAAGAUGAUGAAGGAUGUCUUCUUUUUCCUUUUCUUCUUGCUGGUGUGGCUUAUGGCGUAUGGAGUAGCCAAUCAGGCGCUGCUGUACUCCUAUGACCACCGCCCAGACUGGAUCCUGCGUCGCAUUUUCUACAGACCAUAUUUGCAUAUAUUUGGACAAAUCCCGUUAGAGGAGCUAGACGCCACAAAGAUGGGAAAGAUGAACUGUACAAACAAUGUGACCCUCAUCCAUGCUGGGUUUGAGCCCUGCAUGGACACCUAUGCCAACUGGCUGGUUAUUGUGCUGCUAGUGGUAUACCUGCUGGUCACUAACAUCCUCCUGAUCAACCUGCUGAUCGCCAUGUUCAGUCACACAUUCACCAAGGUUCAGGACAACAGCGACAUCUACUGGAAGUUCCAGCGCUACAGGCUGAUCGAGGAAUACCACUCAAGACCCUCUCUGGCACCUCCGUUCAUCAUCCUCUCUCACCUGCACCUCUUCAUCAAGAGGAAUAUCCGCCGGGUUCCCUCAAUGAAAGUCCUGGACUUUGCACUGGAGCUGGACGACAAGAAGUUCAACAAGCUGGUGACCUGGGAGUCCAUUCAGAAGGAGGGCUUCCUGGUCGCCCAGAACAAGAAACAGAGAGAAAGUGAUUCUGAGAGGCUCAAGCGCACCUCCGCCAAGGUGGACAGCAUGCUGAAGCAGGUGACAGAGAUCCGGGAUCAUGAUCGCAGACUGAGGCUGUUGGAAAAUGAGCUGGAUUAUUGCACUAAUGCCCUCUCUUGGAUGGUGGAGGUGUUGUCCCAAAGCAACUUGGUCAGCAUCACACGCCCACCUCCAACAUUUAAAGAGCCAUCUCCUGCUUCACAAAAUUAAAUCUUCCUUUUUUGGAGGAAAAAUCGAACAAAUGGAUAUCUUAUUGUAACCAGAAGAAAUGGUGGACUCCUGUCUUAAUUUUAUAAACUUUUUAUAAAAAAAAAAGACAGCUAAAGACAUUCUUGUGCGUUGCUAAAUGUCUUAUUAUUUUUUUUUGUCUUUUUUUUUGAUCUAAUGUUGUUUGUUACAUGGUGGGGGGGUUGGGGAAUGGGCCAAAUGGCAGGUAGGCUGACCUGGGGAUUAUUUGAUAACCUCAAACAUUUUGAAAUUGUUAUAUUGAAUUGCACAUAAAUAGCAGUUAGGGAAAACUGUCUUUGUCAUGAGUGAGAAACUGUUUUAUUGUACAUACAUGUUUGACUCUAUUAAACCACUGUGGAAGUUG